AUGUCUUUUUAUCCUUCAACAGAAAACUUGCCUCCAUUAGGCGCAUUGUGCUUGGAUUAUACGGAGGAUAUACACAGACCUCCGGGAGAUCCUUUGAAUGGCCUGUCGUUUAAGUUUCCUCUUUUACAUGAAAAAGUUGAACAAGCAUCAUUGUGGAAUGUCGUGAGUGCUGAAGCGUUCUCAGAAGAAUUCUUAGAGCGGUUUGCGGAAGCCUGUUUGAAACUUUCACGACGUGGGGCGGUGGGGAUCAUUACCUCUUGUGGCUUUUUAGCCCAAGUACAACAGAGACUCGCUUCGAAAGUCCCGAUUCCUAUUGCUACGAGUAGUCUACUUCAAAUUCCUCCUCUCCUAGCAAUGAGACCCCAGAACGAGCAUCUAGGCGUUAUUACUUUUGAUAGUGCAACACUGGGUGAUGUGCAUUUCAAAGGCGUGGGAAUUGAAGACAGUAUGCGUAGUAGGUUAACAGUGAUCGGCUGUCCCGCGAAUGGUUGUCUUAGGGGCAUCAUUCGAGAUGGAGCGCCUUACAUUCAUGAAGAGCUAGAGGCAGAGCUCAUCGAUUGCGCCUUAAAGCUCUUGGAAAAGGAUCAACAAAUCACCGCAUUUGUUCUGGAAUGUACUCAAAUGCCUCCGUUUUCGACAGCCAUUGGUAAAGCAACUGGCCUUCCCGUGUAUGAUGUCGUAACCCUAAUCGAUUGGUUUUACAGUGGUCUGCAGCCGAGAACUUUUCCAAUGGAUGCCCACAAGUCUGCAGGAUUAAAAAGAAGGGAAAGAAGUGACAAAGAACUGAGGAGGCAGUAA